AUGUUAAUUUCUAAUCACAAUCACCAGCGGGUCGGCGGACACACAUCCACGAGGAGUGGACCACAACAGUGUUCGCGAUCGUGUCUGCGGUCAUCACUACCAUUAGCCCCAUUACCCAUUGUGCUAUCAUUGUUCAUCGUAAUGAGCCAGGUGCUUUUAGUGUGUGUGGACGCACAGGGAGUGCUUAUGCCCAAACGGAUAGUGCAGCAAAUCAGCGAGAAGAUUAAGUUACCCCACUAUUCGCAGCUCGAAUUGGACGAGGCAUUCAAUCUCGGUAAGAGCCGAGUGGUCGAAAAGUUGCGCCACGAGUCGGAUCUGGUGCGCGACGGUAUGACCACUGAUAUGAACAAAAUCACGGCCACGAGUCGUCACCAGGCGGUCACCACAACCGGCGAUCGGGGCAACCAAUACGACCACAUGCAGCACGUGUUCGAGGAGACGAGCAAAAUAUUGCUCAAGAAUAUUACUCACGGUAUGACCGAUCAGAUGGACUUCGCCGAGUCGGCGAUGGCUCUGUCGGCCAUACCGUUGACGGCGUCGUCGAUCGCCCGCCAGGCGGUCCACCGGUGCCAAGAGGAGCAGUUCGUUCACUGCCGACCCUCGCGUUACCGGACGGCCGACGGCUCGUGCAAUAAUCUCCAUCACCCGACUUGGGGCAAGUCGUUCAGCUGUUUCGUGCGGCUAAUAGCGCCCGAUUACGCCGACGGCCAAUCGGCGCCCCGCAUAUCGGUCACCGGCCAUCCGUUGCCCAACCCUCGCAUAUUGUCGGCGGUGGUCCACCGGGACCUAAACUACCCGGCCACCUACACGCACAUGGUCAUGCAGUAUGGUCAGUUCUUCGCCCACGACAUCGCAUUCACGCCCAGCUCGCGCACCAAAGACGGCAAAAUGAUUCAGUGCUGUCCGUUGGAGGCCAACAGUCACCCCCAGUGUUACCCCAUUCUCGUCCCAAUGGACGACCCCUUCUACUCGAAAUGGGAGGAGAAUUGUCUCAACUUUGUCCGCACGGCUAUGUGUCCGCAGUGCCGACUCGGCCCACGGGAACAGAUGAAUCAGAUCACCGCAUAUAUCGAUGGCUCCCAACUGUACGGCUCGAUGCAAAACGAGACCGAAUCUCUGUGGACUAAGACCGGUCCGGCCGGCCGUAUGCACGUAUCGCUGGCCAGAAAUGGUGGCGAACUGUUGCCCCACUCGCCUGAGCCCGACAGCGACCAGUGCUCUAAACCCGAAGAUCAACAGUUUUGCUUCAAAGCUGGCGACAAGAGGGCUAACCAACACCCGGCGCUCACAUCACUCCACGUCCUUUGGCUCCGACAACACAACCGAGUGGUCAAUGAGCUCAAGAAUGUGAACCCGCACUGGAAUGGAGAGCUCCUCUACGAAGAGGCUAAACGGAUAAUAGUGGCGCAGAUGUCGCACGUGGUGUACGCGGAAUGGCUGCCGCUGGUCGUGGGUCCGGACGCCAUGAAGUUCCUGAAGCUCAGCGUAUUGGCCGACGGCUACACGGAGUACGACCCGCACGUGAACGCCGGCAUCAUCAACGAGUUCGCCGGCGCCGCCUUCCGGUUCGGCCACUCUCUAGUCAACAGUGUUUUCGCCGAAAUACUGCCCAAUGGGAAGACGUCCGGCUAUCGGCUCCGGGAGUUCUUCUUCAACCCGUUCGGCUUCUACGAGGGACAGCUCGACUCUGUACUGCGCGGUCUCAUCAGUCAAGCCGCCCAGAAUCGGGACCCGUUUGUCAAUUCAGACAUGAAGAACCACUUGUAUCGACCCAAAGACAAUCCAUACGGUCUGGAUUUGCCCGCCUUUAACAUACAGCGGGCCAGAGAUCACGGCAUUCGCGGUUACACCAGUUAUUUGAAGUUCUGCUUCGACGAGAAGAUCUCCCACUGGAACCAAUUGGACCAAUACAUGCCUACCUCCCAGAGAAUGCGCUUCCAGAACCUAUACAAAUCGGUCCACGAUUUGGAUCUAUUCUCCGCCGGUUUGGCAGAGUAUCCAUUGCCGGGAGCGGCGGUCGGCCCGACAUUCACCUGUAUUAUUGGUAUACAGUUUUAUAAUCUUAAAUACGGCGACAGAUUCUGGUUUGAACACAAGAACCAAAUCGGAUCAUUCACUCCAGGUCAAUUACAUGAGAUCAAGAAGAUUACUUUAGCCAAAUUGAUUUGUGCCAAUGGGGACGACAUCCAGUUUGUCCAGAAGAAUGUUUUCAGGGGAGAGUCGGCCCGUAAUCCAGUGGUUGACUGCAAGAGUUUGGGCGACACAAUGCUGGGCGCGUGGAGAACUGCCGCCGGAGCAGGUUAA